AGUAUAGUCAUAGACACGUUGAUGUUUUGCUGCCCCUCCUCUGCUUCUUGUUCCUGUGUUUGAUGAAUGUCGAUGCUCUCCAACUGUUUGUACAAAUGCCUGACCUACAUUUUGGUGUUUCGAUCUCAGCUAAUUUGAUUUCAGCUUGGUUACCAAGUUCCCGUCUAGCUUGCUUGCUUAAUUUCUUCUUGUAGUUCUGGUCUCUUGGGUUUUCUUUACAAUUUACAUGCCUCGCUCGGUUCUGCUGCUGCAUAAAAGUAAACUAUUUUCUGGGGGUGGGGGUCGGUCUUAUAUGAUUUCAUAUUUCCUCCUUGUAUUUCUCGCCAAAGAGAGUAUUCCUGGUGCCCCUUCUAUGAUUGCAAAUGUUAUUGAUUAAACUCAGGAUGAAGCACAUGAAGCCACUGAGUCUGUACCAGAAGUUGCUGAAAACGCCUGCUGUAGAACGAGGGCGGUUGCUUGGUUUAGAUGUUGGUGAUAAGUAUGUUGGCCUUGCAGUUUCAGAUUUUAACAAUAAAGUUGCUUCACCUUUAAGUGUCCUGGUCAGGAAGAAAAACAAUAUCGGUUUGAUGGCUAUUGAUUUUGAAUUUCUGAUAUCAAAACUGUCUUUGUCGGCUUUUAUUGUUGGGUGCCCAUAUGAUAGACAAAGAAACUGCCCAGAAGCUACCCAAGUGAAAGUAUUUAUUGACGGCCUUUGUAAAACGGGAAAACUUGAAGGUGUUCAAUAUACAUUUUGGGACGAGUGCUUCACAUCAAAGAAUGUGGAUCUAUUGUUGGAGCCAUUGAAAUUCUCCACAGUGGAAGCGAAAACAAUAAACGACAAAUUUGCUGCUGUUGGAAUACUGCAGGGAUAUCUGGAUUAUGUUAACAGGAAUGUGGAGACAGAGCAAAGCCAAUAAACAUCCCUAUCCCUCUCUCUUGUGGACGAUCACUAUGAUGUUUUAAUAUUAAUAUUAAAUACAAAUCCUACAAUGUGGGUUGCAUUUCAACUUUGAAAUGUAAUUAUAGUUUAGAUCAUACUAGUAGCUUUAUGGUUUGAUUAUUGAAGUUCAUCUUCAACAAUUAUGUAUGUAAUAGAUAGAUAGAUAUCUCAAGGCAUAUGGAAGGUCUUACUAUUUAA